CUUAUGUUUCUGUUCAACAAGCACACAUGGCAUAUGUCUUUGAGACGUAAAUUCAAAUCAGAGCGGGCACCACUAGUCGACAGUGAGGCAGUGAGGCAUUGUAAGGAGAAGUUUGGUUCUACGAGGAGAGGGCAGCCUAAUAAAUGUCAACGAACAAGUCAGAGAAAUGUUUGUCAGGGACCAUGCGUCCAAGGAGAGGAUUUAUUAUCCAUAGACGCCCACUUAAAGGUCUUACAGUGCCAAUAUCAGAAGAUGCAACCAGAUACCAUGGUGGUUCAUAACCGUAUGCAGCAAACGUUUGCUUGGCGGCAAAAAGAAAUUGCAGAUGGUAUGCUUGUGGAGGAUGUGUUGAAGAAGUACCCCUUCUUAGGGAUGCCUACUGGUCUGUGCAACGAACUCAGGUGGAUCCAACCAACAACGGGUAAUGUAAGCCAGCGAUUUCGUGAAGGGCUCUCAUGUGUUGCAGCAAAGGUGAUUGACCUUACACGAGGGAAAACCCCACUGUACCAGCUCUACCUUGAUGCAAGAGAGGAGGCUCUCACUGAUGACCUACCAGAUCUUGACACAAGGGCUGCACUUUCCUGCCAUACGUCUUCAAGGAGAAACUGGAUCUCUUUGUCAUACUUGGAGAGGUUCAUCCUAAAACCCCCUAUCCAACUGUUCAGCUACUUCAUGAAGACUGGAAACCAGUGUUCUCCAGAAGCGCUCCAAACAUUGUGAAGUUGGAUGGCAGUGAAGUGUGCAGAACCUCGUGUAUUUUUGAAGGAAUCAUCUCUUCUUUCUGCUUGUAUUUUGUCUUCAACCUUGCUUACCCAAAACAUCUGAAGAACACCCUGAUUUUUCUCCAAAAGUACAUUGUGAAAAUAGAUGAGGGUGAGGACCGGCCUCUGCCAAUCACAGUCACCAGACAAAUAAAUCUUCUGUAUUGACCACCAUGCCUCAGCCAUAUCAGUGCUCCAAAUGUGGCAGAAGAACCUUUAGUUUGACAAAGCUUAUUCAGCACAUAGGACUUAUUCAUUCCCAUGACGCCAAUUUUGAUAUAACUUGUGGACUCAGUGACUGCUGUUCUUCCUUCAAAAAAUAUGAAUCUUUCAGACGACAUGUGUAUAGGAAACACAGAGAACAGGUGUUGUGUCCCCAUAAAGACUUAGAUGAAAAUGAGCAGGAGGUAGUCAGUCCACACCCAAAUGAAUUUGCAAAUGACAUAACUGAAAAUAUUGAAACCCCUCCAUCCUGGGAUGAAUUUUUGAUAAAUUUCAGAGACAAUCUUUUCAAGUUCAUUCUUAAGUGCAGAGAGAAAAAUUCUUUACCAGUCUCUGUUCAGGAAGAAAUUGUGGAAGACGUAAAUUUUCUGAUGUGUUUUUUCAAGGAGAACUACGAUGCUUUUAUAGCAUAUCAUUUAGAGAAAAUGGGUCUUGACGUGUCUUUGUGUCCAGAGCUUAAAAAUGUCCUGCAUUCAAAUGA